UCAAUCCCCAAAAUCUAAAAAAAAAGUUAAAAAAAGAAAAAAAAAGAACCCAAUCGAGAAUCCAAAUCCCAAAUCUCUUUCUAUUUUCUUUUCAUGGAGGGCAAGGAAAAUAGCGCUCUGAACUCAUACUAUCACCGCCAUCACCAUACUGGAAACGCUGUCAAUUCUGGUGGUUCAAAUGGGUUAUUUGUAAGCCCUAACCACCACCACCACCAAAACCACCAGCAGCAGCAGCACCACCAACAACAAAAUCAACACCAGCAUUCACAUCAGCAUCAGCAGCAUCAACAUAAUAACGCCGGUCAUUAUUCAUCUACUUCACCAGAACCAACUCCGUUGAUUUUUCCUCCACAUUCAGUAACUGGAAGAUCACCUUUCGGUUCUUCACCACCACCACCACCUACAGCACCGUCAGCACCGGCACCACCUGCAGAAACUGUAAAAAGAAAAAGAGGUAGACCUAGAAAGUACGGUACUUCUGAAACCGCGCAAAAUUCUCCUAGUAGUAAUAAGAAGUUAUCUUCUUCUACCUCUCCUCCUCCUUCUACGUCACUUCCCGUUUCAUCGUCGCCACGAAAGAAAGAUUCUUCUUCGGUUUCUUCUCCUUCUUCAAAGAAAUCUCAGUUACUUGCACUUGGAAAUGCAGGACAAGGCUUUACACCACAUGUCAUCACUGUUGCUGCCGGCGAGGAUGUUGGUCAAAAGAUCAUGUCUUUCAUGCAACAAAAAAAGCGUGCAGUGUGUAUUCUCUCAGCAUCUGGUUCAAUAUCUAAUGCCUCUCUCCGGCAGUCAGCAAUUAUGGGUGGAAAUGUGACAUACGAGGGAAGAUACGAAAUCCUUUCGCUCUCGGGAUCCUACUUGCACACUGAGAUCGGAGGAGCAUCCUCAAGAACAGGCGGACUCAGUAUUUGCCUUUCUGGUACAGAUGGUCGCAUUGUUGGAGGUGGGGUUGGCGGUCCCUUGAAAGCUGCCGGGCCCGUUCAGGUAAUUGUUGGUUCUUUUGUAUACAAUAACCAGAAAGAAGUUCUUGUUGAUUUUGAAACUUCGAAAAACAAGUUACCAGCAUCGAUGGUUGGUUCAGCAAUUUCAAGUGAUCACCACCACCUGUACAGGUUAACAGACAGUUUGUAAUGUGUUUUGUAGUUGGUAGUUUCUGUCGUCAAAGAAGUUUUCAACUUGAAAAUGAAAAUCAAUUUGAUCUAUUGUAAUUUUCCAUCUCUCUGAAACCUUUGUGACUACUUACAGUACUGCUCUUUUUUUUGAUUUAUGGUUUAUACCUGCUUUCUUCGAGUUAUGGUUUAAA